CCUGACCGCCUGCUUACUUUGAACUGUCGCCACUGUUUAAAAAUCAAUGAGUUUCACAGCAAGGAGAGGCGGAGUCCCUGCCGGACCGAGGAUAACAGGCGCGGCGGGAGAGGACUGAACACACAGCAGCCAGCAGACUCUGACAUGAUGGAACUCUACCUCGACCUGCACUCCCAGCCCUGCCGCUCCGUCUUCCUGUUUGCCAAAGCGGUCGGGAUUCCCUUUGAGUUUAAGUUGGUCGAACUCUCUGCAGGUCAUCAGUAUAGCGAGGAGUUUGGAAAAAUUAACAUCAUGAGGAAGGUUCCUGUCAUGAAGGAUGGAAGCUUCGUUCUGACGGAAAGCGUUGCGAUCCUGAAGUACAUGCUGCAGAAACAUUCAUCGUCAGUGGCAGAUCACUGGUAUCCAGCUGACCUGCAGCAGCGGGCUUGUGUUAAUGAAUACCUGUCCUGGCAGCACAUGAACCUCAGAGCUCAAGGGUCCAAGGUCUUCCUGCUCAGGGCUCUGUUUCCUGUCAUCAUGGGCUCUGAGGUCCCGAAAGAGAAGAUGGACGCUGCUGUGCAGGAUCUGAAUCAGUCACUUCAAAUGCUGGAGGACAAGUUCCUGCAGAACAAACCAUUCAUAGUUGGCGACAAAAUCUCUCUGGCUGAUCUGGUGGCUAUAGUUGAGAUCAUGCAGCCUGUUGCAACUGGCCUGGAUUUGUUUGAAGGCCGACCAAAGCUGACCACCUGGAGGGAGCGAGUGAAGAAGGCGAUCGGUGAAAAGUUGUUCGCGGAAGCUCACGAGGUGAUAAUGAAGGUGGGCAGCCUGCCCCAGAAGAUGGAGAACAAUAGCAACCUGGAGUUGCUCAAACCAAAGUUCCAGAAGCUUUUCAGCUGAGUACAAAAUGAUAAAGGAUGAGUGUCAAUGAUCUCAACAAUUAUUAUUUUCAACUUUAUCUUUGUAGGUUUUUUUUUCAUCAGAAUUCAUGAACAUGAAUUACUGUAAAAUCACUCACCAACUAUCAGGUGUUAAACUGUUUGAAAAACUCUGUGAAAAGUCUUUAAUUUUUUUCUGCUUUACUUAGUUUCUGUUGUUGUUUCCCCAACACCUGUGUUUAUUAAUUUGAAGGAAAUCUAUACACUAUAAAUAUUACCAGGAAAAAAACAGGAACAAUGUGUUCAUCAACUCAUAGUGUAUGCAUCAUUAUGAGUGAAUUCUUGAUCCCUACGCCACAAACAUUACAAUUAAAGAGCAUCACAAUUAUAUUAAAAAA